AACGUGACCCUCCAGUGUGCCUCAUGGAUGGGAUUCCACAGGUUCGUCCUGAUGAGGGAAGGAGAGCGCCAGCCCUCCUGGACCCUGAACUCCCAGGCAGCCCCCCGUGGCGGGACCCAGGCCCUAUUCCCUGUGGGCCCCGUGACCCCCAACCACAAGUGGAGAUUCAGAUGCUACGGCUAUUACAGCAACACCCCCCUGGUGUGGUCAGACCCCAGUGACCCCCUGGAGCUGCUGGUCUCAGGUGUGUCGGGGAAGCCCUCCCUCCUGACCCAGCAGGGCCCUGUCGUAACCUCUGGACAGAGCCUGACUCUCCAGUGUCGUUCUGAUGAUGGCUAUGACAGAUUUGCUCUGUCGAAGGAUGGAGCACGUGGCCCUCCCUGGAGGCUUGGCUGGCAGCCCCAGGCAGGGCUCUCUGGGGCAGACUUCCCCCUGGGCCCUGUGAGACCUGCCCUCGGAGGCCGGUACAUGUGCUACGGUGGACACACCCUCUCCUCUGAGUGGUCGGUCCCCAGUGACCCCCUGGACAUCCUGCUCGCAGGACAACUGCCCUACACACCCUCUCUCUCGGUGCAGCCUGGACCCACGGUGGCCCCAGGAGAGAAUGUGACCCUGCUCUGUCAGUCACGGAGCUCUGUGGACACUUUCCUUCUGUCCAAGGAGGGGGCAGCCGAUCCCCCGCUGCAUCAUAGAUCACAGUACCGAGCUGGGCAGCACCAGGCUGAAUUCCCCAUGAGUCCUGUGACCUCAGCCCACGGGGGGACCUACAGGUGCUACGGCUCUUCCAGAAUCUCCCCCUACCUGUUGUCACAGCCCAGUGACCCCCUGGAGCUCCUGGUCUCAG